UUCACAUCUUAUGAUCUCACUGACUUUAUAUUGACAGAUGUUCCCAAACCAACUCUGACUGUACGGCCACAGACUUCAGUGUUCAUUGGAGACUCAGUCACUCUCAGAUGUGACAUAUAUGAUGGAGGAGUCACUAGCUGGAGGUACAACUGGUAUAAAGACGGUUCAAUCAGUGUUUUCAGUGAAGGACAGGAACACACAAUCAGUGUUACUGAGUCUGACACAGGAAAAUACUUCUGUUAUGGGGCAGAUACUGGAGGAUCACACAGUUCACACAGCAGUGAUGAAGUUACACUGACAAUAUCAGAAAGACCAAAACCCAGAGUGACCAUUAAACCUGAUCAUCAUGUUUUCAGAGGAGAGACAGUCACUCUCAGAUGUGACAUAUAUGAUGGAGGAGUCACUAGCUGGAGGUACAACUGGUAUAAAGACGGUUCAACCAGUGCUUUCAGUGAACGACAGGAACACACAUUCAGUGUUAUUGAGUCUGACGCAGGAAAAUACUCCUGUAAUGGGACAGAGACUGGAGGAUCACGCAGUUCACAACAUAGUGAUGAAGUUACACUGACAGUAUCAGAUCCUGAAGCAGUUUUAAGUGUUUCUCCUCAGAAGUGGUUGACUGAAGGAGAUCCAGUGACUCUGAUCUGUGAGGUUAACGGCUCCUCUACAGGCUGGACAUUCAGCUGGUUCACUGUGAUUGUCUCAGGGAGCAGCAUUGAUCAUGAGCUCCUCUCAGACAGCAGCAGAGGAUCUGGAGGAAAAUACACUGUCAGUUCUGCUCAUCUAAAACACACUGGAGUUUAUGUGUGCAAAGCAGAGAGAGAGAAAACAGCCGUUUACACAAAAUACAGCAACACACAACCACUGUGGGUCACUGGUGUUUCUCCUCCAGUGUCUCUGAUCAUCAGUCCCAGCAGAACUCAACACUUCACAUCUGCCUCUCUCUCUCUGAGCUGUGAAAACCAGAGUAACUCUGACAGAUGGACAGUGAGAAGAUACACAGACAGCGGUGGGCUGAAAGAUUGUUCAUCAGUGUGGGGAUCACAAACAGGAUCUACAUGUACAAUCAGACCCACCAUCACAGACACUGGAGUUUACUGGUGUCACUCUGAAUCUGGAGAGAACUAUCAUCCUGUUAAUAUCACUGUACACUCUGGUGUGAUUCUGGAGAGUCCUGUUCAUCCUGUGACUGAAGGAUGUAAUCGGACUCUACGCUGUUUAUAUCAAUAUUCAACCCGAUCAAACAUCAGAGCUGAUUUCUAUAAAGAUGGAUCACUCGUCCAGAGUCAAACUACAGAGAUGAUCAUCCCGACUGUCUCAAAGUCACAUGAGGGUUUCUACUACUGCAAAUACCCAGAGAGAGGAGAGUCUCCCAAGAGCUGGAUCUCAGUCAGAGGGUCUCCUUCAGACUCUCAGAUCUCUGUCCUCCACACACUCAGUUCUGGACUGGCAGCUUGUCCAUAUCUGAUAGUGACAGUCGUGCUGAUUUACAAAUACUGCAGAAUGAGAGGAAAAACACCCGAGUGAUUUAUUACAAGACAUUAUUAUCAUUCAUUUUAACUGAACAACAAAUCAGUCGUGAGGUAGGGUAGAAAUAACCAUUAUGUGAUCACUAAGGGUUUGAUCUUUGUAAAGUUGCUUUAAAAACACUGUUGUGAAAUCUGCUUUACAAAAACGGUCAAAUUUGGUUACAUUUAAUAUACUUAAAAGCAAGAAAAAUGAGUAAAUGCUGAGAUUGUUUAUGAGUGUUUUUACAGUAACAGUUUCAUGAAGAGGAUGAAACUUUAAUACAAUAUUAUGUUGUUAUGGUCAGAAAACUUCAUCAUCUUCAUUAAAGUCUCUUAAUAUCUCAUUCACAAACUCAGACAGAGCAUUAUUACUAUAAAAAACAUGUUUAGGGAGUGACAACUUCAUUUAAAUGCAGGAAUUAAUCCCCUUUAUUAUUGGUGUGUGUGUGUGUGUGUGUGUGUGUGUGUGUGUGUGUGUGUGUGUGUGUGUGUGUUUGUAGGGGUAAAUUGUAGUUUCAUAUUGACUUUCACCAAGGUUGAUAUUAUCCUGUUAACAUUUUUGUUUUUUUGCUGUUUUUGACCAAUAAAAUAUUAUUGUUAAUAUAGACCAGACAUUCAAUAAGCUUUAAGUACAUCCCCGUCCCACUCAAUGUUUACUUCCCACAAUCCCAUUGGGCAACUUAUUUUCCUCUUCUAUUAUAUAUAUUUUACUUAUAAAAAAUAAAAAAUAAAAAAUAAAUAAAGCCCAAAGAGACAGUGACUGUUUGUUUCUAAAGUUUUUAAUACAUUUGCUUACAUUACUGCUAUUUAUCAGCACAUUUCAGUAGCUUUUCAAUAUUUAUGUAUAAGUGAUUUUUUUUUAUUUGUUCUGCUUUAUGUAAUAAAUUGCAAUUCUUUACAUUGUAAGGCUUGUGUGAUAUUUGCAUGUUUCACAUUAUAACCACACAAAAGCUAUUCAGAAAAGCUAUUCCUUAUUUUACUGUAAGUCUCCUGAUUUGUAUCGCUGAUAUAUUUCAUAUUUUAUGUUUGUUUACUUUUUUAAUAAAUAAACA